AUGCGGCUGUGGAAUUUCCUGCUGGGUAAUCUGAAACAACUAUUAGUCUACAACGCCAAUUUGAUCUCAAGCGUCAAAGACCAAGUUGACUCUCUGUGCAACGACCUCCGUCUACUUGCAGCUUUCGUCAAGGAAACAACCGAGAGCCGGAGCAAGCACGCCAUCGUCAAAGAACUCGUUAGACGCAUCAGAAUCGAAGUCUAUAAAGCUGAAGACAUUGUGGAUAUGUACGUCUUCCACGCAUCGAUCCAGAAAUCUCGAAGCAGUUUCGAAAGAGCAAUUCACUUCACAGACUACCCCCUGAAACUAAGAACUGUUGGAAAAGAGAUUGAAGAUAUACGGCGGCGCGUGAAGGAGAUCUACGAUAAUAAAUUGUUCGCAAAUGAGGUUUUCAGGAAAACAGAGUCUUUUACCAGGUCUCCUCCAUCUGUGGAGGAGGAAAACGUUGUGGGUUUCGAAAAAGAAGCGGAAAAAGUCAUCGGGUGGCUCAAGGCGGAGACAGAGGAGCUGGAGGUUAUCUCCGUCGUGGGUAUGGGCGGUUUAGGUAAAACAACUCUUGUUAAGAAAGUCUUUAAUGACUCAGCGAUUCAAUAUGAGUUUUUCAUUCGAUCUUGGGUUUAUGUUUCUCAAGUGUAUAGUAGGAGGGAAGUGUUUUCAAAAAUCUUGUAUGAUGUUACUCGAGAAAACAAAGAUACAUCACAGUGGAACGUUGACACCAUAGCUGAUGAACUCCGUAGGCAAUUGACAGAUGGGAGGUACUUAAUCGUUUUAGAUGACGUCUGGACCAAAACGGCAUGGAAUGAUCUAAAAAUGGUGUUUCCCAACACCAAGAACGGGAGUAGAAUCUUGUUGACCAGUCGAAACAAGGAUGUAGCCCUACACGCGAACACAAAUCUCCCUCCUUAUCAGCUUCGGUUCUUGACUGAUGAUGAAAGUUGGGAGCUUUUGGAGAAGAAGGUCUUCCCUAAAGGAUCCCGUUGCUCAAGUGAACUGGAGAUUCUAGGGAAGCAAAUUGCAAAAAAAUGCUACGGAUUACCUCUUGCACUUGUGGUGAUUGCAGGAAUCCUUCGAAAGAAAGAUAAAACACGUGGGUGGUGGGAGAAAGUAAAGGAGAAGGUGAGUACUUAUGUAGCCAUGGAAUCAGAGCAAUGUAUGGAUGUAUUAGCAUUAAGUUAUAACCAUUUACCUUACGAUUUAAAAGCUUGUUUCCUCUACUUUGGUGUGUUCCCUGAGGAUUUCGAGAUACCCGUUUGGAAACUGAUCCAUAUUUGGGUUGCUGAGGGGUUUAUUCAGCGAAUUGGUGAUGCAAGCCCAGAAGAAAUGGCAGAAGAGAACUUACAGGAUCUUGUGGACAGGAACCUGGUUUUGGUUGAAAAGAGAAAGGCCGAUGGUGGAAUGAAAACAUGUCGAAUCCAUGAUAUGUUGCAUGACAUGUGUAUCAGACAAGCCGAAGAAGAAAACUUCUUCAAGGACAUCAAGGGUUUAGAACCAUCUUCUUACGUAUCUAUUGAUCCAAACGUCUUUCGUCGUCUUUGUGUCCAUUCUCGAGUUAUUGAUUACAUUUCUUCAAAGCCUGACGCUUCACAUGUUCGCUCUUUCUUAUGUUACUCAAAAGAAGAAAAGGCUUUACCCAACGAUCUCAUAACAUACUUUCCAGGGAGCUUUAAAUUGCUUAGAGUGUUAGAUGUUCGCUCUAUCAAUUUCCCUCGUUUCCCUAACAUCCAACUCGUUCAUUUGAGAUACGUUGCAUUAGUAGGAAAUUUCAAGGUUCUUCCUUCAGCCAUCUCUAACCUCUGGAACCUUCAAACGCUUGUUGUAGAAACAUCCUCUCGUAACAUUACAGUUCAAGCCGAUCUUUGGAAAUUAUUGCAGUUGCGACAUGUUUACACAAGUGCAGCUAGUGAUUUGCCCACUCCAUCUUCAAAAUCAUCACGAAAGACUGUUACAGAUCCUUUGGUUAACGAAAACCUAAUAACCAUGUCAAAAGUGUCGCCAAGUAGUUGUACGGAUGUGAUCUUAACUCGGACGCCUAAUCUUCAAAAACUAGGCAUUCGUGGGAAAUUGCUCUUGCUUUUGGAAGAGAAAAAGGGUAGUUGUAAGUUUGAUAACAUUACGAGGCUAACUCACCUUGAGAAUUUGAAAUUGUCGAAUGAUACAUACCCUACUCCACCAUUAGAUGGUAAACUGCGGGCCCUUCCUGAAUGGUAUAAAUUCCCACCAAAACUUAAGAAACUGACUCUUUCUGACACGAUGCUCGAUUGGGAACACAUGUCAGUUCUUGGGAAGUUGCCAGGUUUGGAGGUUCUGAAGUUAGGUGACAAUUCAUUCAUGGGUGAACGUUGGGUGACACCUGAUGGGAGUUUUAUUCAGCUAAGAGUUCUUCAAAUUGGGAAGACGGAUUUGGUGCAUUGGGAGGCAGCUGGCAAUCAGUUUCCUCAACUUCAACGACUUAGUUUGAAGCACUGUGAACAGCUUGAGGCCAUGCCUUCGGGUCUAGGGGACAUGUCGACACUUCAGGUUGUGGAGUUGUCUUGGAUUUGUCGUUCUGCUGUUGCAUCUGCACGUCUGCUUCAAAAGAAUUUUAAGCUUCUUGUCUUCCCUCCAGAUCAAGAGAAUCAAAGUUGA